AUGGGGCUGAGAGCAAAUGGAAAGGGGAUGAGGUUGGAGCAACUGUUCCUGAACAACAAGUUCGAGGACUCUUACACGCCGACGAUAGAGGACUUCCACCGCAAGCUGUACCGCAUCCGCGGAGAGGUGCACCAACUGGACAUCCUCGACACGUCCGGCAACCACCCGUUCCCCGCCAUGCGUCGCCUCUCCUUCCUCACAGGUGACCUGUUCGUGCUGGUGUUCAGCAUGGACAGCCGGGAGUCGUUCGAGGAGGUGGUGCGGCUGCGCGAGCAGAUCCUGGAGACGAAGCUGAGCGCCUGCGCGUCGGCCAACAGCUCCUCGUCCAGCCGCAAGAAGGCUGCGAUGCCGCGGGUGCCCAUGGUCAUCGCCGGCAACAAGUGCGACAAGGAGAUGCGGACGGUGACGGUGGAGGAGGCGACGGCGUACGCCAACACCCAGGACGACUGCUGCGUGUUCGUGGAGACGUCGGCGAAGCGCAACAUCCGCGUGGACGACCUGUUCUACGAGCUGUUCCUGGCGGCCGGGCUGCCGCUGGAGAUGGCGCCCAACCACCACCGCCGGCUGCACCCCAGCUUCGGCAGCCCGUGCGCGCUGCCGCCGCCCGCGCCGCAGCACCGCUCCAAGAAGUGCUCGCUGUCCAUCAAGCGUCGCCUCAGCGACGCGUGCGGCGUCGUGGCGCCCAACGUGCGCCGGCCCUCCAUCCGGACCGACCUCAUGAUCAUGCGCACCAAGACCUGCUCGCUGGGCAGCAGCGGCGGCGGCGGCGGCAGACACUCUGCACGUGUCGUGAGCUGA